CUCUCACUCACUCACUCACUGGCCAUGGACUCAGACUGAAGGCGAUCGGUCGGCCCUUCCUCUCGCGAAGGUGUUGGGUGGUGGUGGUGGUGGUGGUGUUGGGGGGCAAUAGGGAAUUGAUGGCUUUCAUCAUGACCAAGAAAAAGAAAUUCAAGUUUCGGGUUGGUUUUGAACUCGAGGAAUUGUCUUCGGUGCCGUUCGUGAACGGGAUCCUCUUCUGCAAAGUCAGGCUGUUGGACGGGGGCAGCUUCACUGAGGAGUCCUCCAGGGAGCUGGUGCUGGCAAAUUGUGUGCGCUGGAGGAAGAAGUUUUCCUUUUUAUGUAAACUGAGUUUAAACGGCACCACAGGUGUCCUUGACCCAUGUAUCUGCCGAGUGUCAGUGCGAAAGGAACUGAAGGGUGGAAAAGCAUUCGCAAAGCUUGGCUUUGCAGAUCUGAAUCUGGCUGAGUUUGCAGGUUCUGGAAGUACCACUCGACGCUGCUUACUAGAAGGCUAUGACACUAAAAACACCAGACAAGACAACUCCAUUCUUAAGGUUGUGAUCAACAUGCAGCUUAUGUGGGGAGAUCCUUGCUUCAAAACACCUCCAUCUACAGCAACGUCCAUGGUAAUUACCGGUGAGUCGGAAUUCUUGCAUGAAGAUCGAAAAGGUGGAGAUUGUUCAAAGAGUCAUCUUGGUGUCUCAGAUCUGUCAGUAAAGAGCACCUCUCUUCCUGAUGAGCUUGGGGCAUGUGGACAUACCAGAACAUCCAGUCAUGCUAAUCAGAAGUCAAAAGCAUCAGGUUAUAGCAGCACAGGUCAUUCCAGAUCUUCCAGCUUCUCUGAGCAAAGACAUAGAAGGAACGUGUCUAUGGGAAGUUUAUCAACUGGAAUUGUAAGCCUUCCAGAGAGAUGUGAUCCAGAUGAACCAAAUGUUACUAGUGUUACCACAUCAUUGACAAGUGCUCCAUCAUCAGAGAAAUUGAGCAGGCAUCCUGUAAAGCAGGAUUCAGUGGAGUUUCAGUUGAAACGGGUCGAUGCUACUAGAGUUGAUGCAGAUGACAUUGUUAACGAACUUUUGCAAAGUCAAGACUUUUCUGGAAGCCUGCUCGAUUCAAGCACGGAAGAAGAGGGACUCAGACUCUUUGUUGGACCUGGUGGAAGCACAGCACUUGGAAGUCACCAUUUACCUACCAGAGUGGGAGCUGGUGCAUAUGAACAAGUGGUGAUCAAACGCUAGGCUACAAUGUUGGAGGAAUGGCUGACGUUCAUUCAAAUAGUACGGACUUAUGCUGCCAAUCAGAUUAAUUAGCUUUAUUCAGAAAUGAAUGAAACAGAUUUUUGUAGAUAUAAAACUACUGUCCAAAGAAAAUUUAUGCUUCAUUUUUUAUAGGUACUGUUUUCAGGUCAUAUGAUUGACGUUGUUGUAUGCUCUUUGUAUGACCGACUUCACUCUAAACAGCUGGGAGAGGGGAGAUUGAGAGAGAGUAGAGGAUUGGUUUCCUUGAGACAUUCUGGAACUGAAUAGGUUCGCUAUGCAUAUCAAGAAUAUAGAGUUGACCAGCUUUAAAAUUUGAAUAAAUCCAAUAUUGUUUUUAACAGUGAAAAUUGCUAGGGAAAUAAAGUAUUUUAUUAAUGCACCUUACUCGAUGAUCACAUGUAUGAGUGUCCAUUGGAACAUGCAUAGAACCAUCUACGAAGAUACAUCACUGAGAUUGAUCUAGUGGAGUUUCGGUCUUUGUUCUCUAAAAUAUAGCUGACAGUUCAGUUCCAGAAAGGUUGAAGAAAACAGGAAUAGUAACAGCCACGUUUUAUUACCAUGUGGCUGAAUGUUGUACACAUAAUGUAGUUCAAUAUUGUGUGUGUGUAAUGUGAGGAGCCCCAUAAUGUACACAUUUGUGGGGUUUUCUGUAUAUAAAGCGAUUCUGUGUUAUGAUGGUGACAUUUGUUACUGUAUGCUGAAUUAUAAUACAGUAGAUGUGAAAUUUAAAUCCAAUUUUGCAAAUUAGAUAGGAACAUAAACAAUUUCUAAUGGUGCCAAUUAGCAUUUUAGGACCUCAGCAUAAUGAAAACAACCAGGAAUAUAGACACACAAGUGGAAAUAUUAGAAUUUUCUCUCCAUCUUUAGAUGUUGCAUUCCAACAUUUUUGAAAGUUAGGCCAGAUUUCCUCAAAACUGAUGUGAUUUGUCUGCCAAAUCUUAGUAAUUGGUUCAAAUAUUAGGAACAGUUUAUUGGUCCUGUGCUUUGGUCGAGUGUACACUAUCUACCAAACAAAUAGCUAUUCAUUUCAUUUUUAAUCUAUUUUCUGCACUGCUAAAAUAGAUCUUAUGGAAAUGAAUCAAAGUAUUUGUUUUCAUAAGCAAAUACUUACACACUCCUCAUGCCCCAGCUUAUUUUCACAGUAGUAUUGCAGUGCUGUUUUAAAGGACCUCAACCAAUAUUCACUUAAUUUAUUGUAAAUUGAGAAUAGGUCAUACAUUCUGGAUAUCUUUGCAGAAUUCAGAUGAUACAGUGUGUUGAUGAUGUCCUGAAGGAAAUUAAUCUUUUUGAAAGAAUUUUGGUAAAUAUUGUUUUAGGAACUUUCUUAAAUACUUUGCACUUUUACUUGUAACCUUACUAUUUUGCUUUAAAAAAACUGUGAGAUCAUAGUUGUCAGAGACAUGUUUUUUCCAAUCAGCUUACAAGCCCAAGGUCCAUAAGCAAUAACUGAUUCUGUUCAACAAUUCAAGGCCUACUUGUAGCUAAACUGACCUUCAAUUCUAUAAACCAUUCAAUCUGGUAUUUCAUAGAGAUUAAAUCAUAUUGGACUUAUUUUUUCCUCUGAAAAUUCACUUGUCAACCAUUCCAAGCCCAUUUCACAUCACAGUUAAUUAAUUACCACUUGUAAUGCCUACAUUACCCUGAACCAAUUUUUUAAAAAACUUACUCCUUUUUUUAAAAAAUUAUUUACUGAAUUAACUUUGUCUGGUUCAUUGCCAGAAUAUUAUUAAAAUGUGAUGCAGACAGAACACAUUAUGAAAACUCUAUCCCAUUUGUAUCAUUGGCCAUUAACUCACUUGCAAACCUGGCCAUCACAAAUUAUUGGACUAAUUCACUCAGGAUAUAAAUCCGGUUGUGUGGAUCUCAUUAAUGUGCCCAAUGUUUACUAUGGCCUAAGAUAUCUUCAGAUCAUUAACACACAAUGGAUAUUUUGACUGUAUGUUUUUCAGGAUAGAGUAUAGAUUUAUUGCUCUGUGAUUGUCACAAAUACUCUAAAUGAAAAUAUAGAUUACAGUUUAAUGUUGGGCAUGCAUGUGGUAGUUUAUUUUAUAUAAAAUGCAAUUGUAGAGGUUGUCAAAUGUGGAACAAUCCAACCUACAGUAGUUGGCAAUUCCAGAAUUCAAUUUUACAAGCAAAGUCUUUACUUGCCAAUAGUCAAGAACAUGUCAGUUUCAUCAAAUGUUAGUUCAUACAGCAAACAGAAUUCUUGCGCUUUUUUAUUGACAGAUUAGUUGAAUAAGGCUGAAAUAUUCACUGGUUGGAUGUUUUGUGAAGGCUUGUGCAAUGUACGUUAAUCAAUAAUUGUGUGACGAGGCAUUCAGUUUGUUGCAACUUAAAGCUGCCACACUCUGUUUCUAAUGCACCUUUCCAUGAAUUCUUUUUGAUGUAUUAUCGAUCAGGGACACUGUAAAUGCUGGCUAGCAUUUUUUUAACCAAACUUACUGUAUUUUUCAAUCAUAAGCCUUCUCCGCUACUCAACAAGUUGCAUUUAUUGAGUGAUAGGGUCUGGGUGACAGUAUACACUAUUUGUGUCUCUGAUGGGCAACUCUUCAUAGUACUAAUGCAGUGUAUAGUUCCCAUUGCAUAAAUGUUCCACCUUAAUGACAUUUUGAAUUGAUGCAUCAUCAUGUUGGGUAUACCUGGGUAUACCUGUAGCCACCUGAAAUUAUUCAGAGGACGGUAGAGGUCAGCUCUAUUUUACCUACGCUAGCUUGGAAUUGAGUGAUUUUUUUCCCCCAUAUGAACCCCUAUCUGAAAUGGUCUAUAGUUCAUUUUCAUUUAAUUAUCAAUGGCAACGUGCAAUAAUACUAUUUGGGCAAACAGAGAUUUGGAGACCUUACUGUCACCAGUAAAUAUUUAUUUUAAAAUGUACACAAUUCCCUUGUGUUUUGAAGAUUAAUUUCCUUUGAGUGAAGUUCUCAUUUUCUUUCAUAAGCAGGGGGUUAGGUUGGUGCCUUUAUUCUCAAGUUUAUGAUUUAGAACAACAAACCAUUGGCCCAGUCCUUAUGUUGAAAGGAAAUAACUCAUUUAUGUUCAUCAAUCAGGGUUGGGUCAUUAUAGUGAGUUUAGCAUUUAAAUGAUUUAACAUUUAUCUUUAUGUACUCACAAUAAAAGGCAUACCAAGAUUUUUUUUCCCCCCACUAUCCCCCAUUAAACAAUGUAUACAUUUUUUUGGGCAGAUCCUAAGUGUGGAGUUCACCUGUCUUUGUGGAUUGCUGAUUUACUGGUUUAUUUAAGGUGGACUAGGUCAAAUUGAGUACCGAAGCUAUAUUUUGGCUGUGUCAUAGAUUGUGAAAUGAAUUCUAAUUGGUAUCCAAGAGUAGAAAGGGAAGUUUCAGAAACAAAAUGUACAUGUGUGAUGCAGAUCAGUAAAAUCUGAAACACACAUUUUAAAAUUAGGACACUGUUAAACCGCUACGCUCACUUCUAUUUCAGAGUUCCAUUUCAACACAAUAGCAUAUAUAAGCUCAACAAUGUAAGAUGUUAAAUAUUUUUUUUCUACUUUCUAUGCUGUAAAACGAUUUGAAAUAUUGUAGUACCAAUUUCCUUCUACUAGCUAAUUUCAGUGUCAUUUUGUUCUUUCUCUUUGCAUCUAUAUCAUGCCAUGGCUGUUGCACUUAAUAUCCGCCAACAUUAAUGGUAACGACACUUUGAAGCAUGCUAGAACUAACUUAUUGCUGGCAAUGAGUUAAAGGUAUCUUAUUUCUUAGGUUUUUGUAAGUCUGGAGCUUCACUCUUGUGGUACAAGAUCAGACCACUUGAUUUUAAUUACUGCCUUGUUGAUAGCCAUUAAUUAUCAUUUAACUACUGAAAAGACUUGAGUAACUUUUAUAUCUGUGGGCUACAUAGCUGUUCCACUCCCAAAAUAAAAAUAUUAUUAGUGCUGAAUUAUCAUGUACACAACCAAUGGUGAUGUUAAGAUGUCUUUUUUGUUUAGAUAUUUGUCACCUGAUAAUGUAUAGAAAUACAUCAGUGUAUGGAUAUUUAUUCAGUACAUGAAGUGACUAACUACAAUGUAUACUUGUGGAGAGAAUGAACUUCAUUGUUAAAAGUAUUGGGCUAGUUUCAACGUUUAAUUACUGAUUACAUCACAUAAGUGGUAACCAAGAGUUGUUUGUAAUUAUGUUGACAUUGUUACAGUGAAAGUGAUGUAUAACUGCACACAUUGACUUCAGAUGGCCUUGUUCUUGCAUCUUCAAGUUUGAAUGCAUUCAUACUAAAAACCUUGAAGUCAGUGGUCACUCUGUAUAAUCUAUAUUUAAUGCCAGUAUUUCAAAAUAAAUAUCAGUUUGUAAAGCAUCUGCAUAUAUAGCUACAUAAUGGAUUCGUUGUUCUAAUUUUUAAACUGUAAUGUCCUUAGAAUUGCCUUAUGUUUUUAAGUUAAAAUAUGAAAACUGAAUGAAUGCUUGGGCACAUCUGUGAUGUGUUUUGUUAAGUUAAUAAAUAUUUUUUUAAACCAUA